GACAGUCUGGCAUUGCCCUGCUCCACUGCGGGUCUAGCCUGCAGGAAUAGUGACCAGACUUCCGGAAUAUGCAAUAACUACAGAAUAAGAUUCUUCUGUAAACCACUAAACAGGGUCCACACGGAAGGAGACACGACACAAGACGAGGACGAGGAAGGGAAUGGUACAAGACGUGUCCCCCGAUUUGACAUGCGCAUUUACAUCAUCCUCGCGGCUAUUCCGGUCGUCAUCUUUCUGUUCUGUAUUUGCUGGUCGUGCACCUUCGAGAAGCGACGUCGCCGGAACAGACGCUCUACGCGUGCGCGACGUCAAGCUCAAGACGAGGAGGCGGUUCACCCGGAAGUGUUUCUUCCUCCGCCGAGCUACCAGGAACUAUUUGGCUUGCAUGGAGGGCCUUUCGUGUUAUCUCGACAUUAUUCUUUGUGCAGAAAGUGCAAAUCUUCCCAAUGUGGCAUUUUUAGGGACAGACAUUUGACAAAUCUUGACUCUGAAACCUCUAACGAAUCUCUUUCAACUUCAUCUGAACAUGAGCCGGACGUCAUGAUAACAUCAGAAACCACGUCUUCAUCCGCGGGGUCUCCGUCCUCUUCGAGAUCGAACUCGAUCAAUGAAAGCAAUUCUUCCGAAAGCAGUGCCUCCACAACGAACACAGACGCCGAGGCACCGAACUCUCAAACGGUCCAGCCUGCUCAGUGUGACUGCCCUUGCCAUAAACAAGCAACUGGACUCAGUGUUUAUGACAAUCCCGCAUAUGAACCGGAAGUAGAGAUACAAAAUGGCCGGUCAUCACGGAUAUCGGGGAUGCAUUUGCCUGUAUUUUCUUUAUUCAGGUCCACAUCUGCUUCCUCCGUGGAAGAAGCCCCACCUCCAAAUUACAAGGAGGCUUUGAAAAUAUUGAAACUGAACAAAACAUUCUCUCGUUGAAACACUGUUGUUUGUUCGUCAGAAACACAUGCGGGCAUUUCCAGCUAUCUCGUAUAGAUAGGUCCUUGAAAUAUGAAAACCCCAGCUGAUCACGUGACUACUCGUCAAAGUUACAUCCUUCCGUGAAAUCCUACACCAAGGGGAGAUAACUAUUUAUGUAGAUAGAUGACUGAGUAAUAUUAUAAUGUUGAACUGUAUUCGUGUAUCUGUUAUAUCUUUGAUAUUAUGUUUGUGUAAUGAGAGUUGCUCAAGUUAGUGUACACUGUGAACUUCAACCAGACAAUCCUUCACGGAUCACCCUUUAUACAGUAUCACCUCUCAUUAUCAGUUCAUGUGUGGGGCAUGGGUAGAUAGUUUCCCAAGUAUACAUGUAUAUCGCUCUUUACUGUUGUCAGCUGUGAAGGAAACUCCUAGUUCGUGGGUCGAUGCUGGCAUUGGGUUUGCCUGUCCCAGAUGAACAUUACCUUUGAAGGCGUUGUGCUUCCACUACGACGAUGUAGAGCUAGCGGUGUAUAUCCCAGAGAUUGGUCUGCGGAUUAAAACUCAAACCGGAAUCAUACCUAUAUAUGUUUGACCCAAGGGAAUGUCCACUUUGUAGAGCCGUGAUGUUCAACUGACACUGCUACACGAACUUAACUGUGUACUUUGAACUUUGAACUUUGUACCUAGACUGAAUUACAUGCGAGGCCAGUAAGACACGGAAGGAAGAUCCUGUGUGACCCGUGACAAAGCAACGUGUAUCUUGUUCUUCUGCUGCUGGGAAGUAUGUUGUUACGAGAUAUGAUGACGUGAUGCUGUGACGUCAAAUGGAGUUUCUCCCUUCGCCCCGGAGUCACUACACCAGGGGAGAUACCCUGUAUCAUCCAAUGUCAGCAUGUUUGUUUCUCUGAGAAACUGACUUGGAUCUGUUACUCAAAGUAGAGGCAAUCAAAACCACGAAACUGUGUAUUCCCUGCGGAAACCGUGAUUACCAUACUAAUAACAACAGUAAUAACGGAAUGUGUUAGUUUGCUGUUGACGUCAUGGACAGCAUAUAUUAUGACGUCCUUGUUUAAUAAAAUAAACCAAAUACUGAAUGGAUAUUGUGUCGUAUAUAUGUUGUAGUAGCAAUGUACAUGAUCCAUUCUGGGUCCGACAUAACUGCUUGACAUCGUCAGCAUCAAUCUCAGCACUCGGGACGUGAAUCAAGCAGAUAUCAAGCAGAAACAUAGACUGAGUUAACCAGGAUUCGAACCCGGAACCACAGGUUAACGUGACAAUGUAUAAGACUCAAGGAAUGCUAAAGGGGGCGUUCAGAUGAUAUCAACAAGUCGUUCAACAAAUAAAGCUUCAAGUAUCUCAGAACACGAUGAUUGGGUAACUCUUGUUGGUCAUCUGGGUCUUGUCUUGUCCGUCGUAGACUGUUUUGCACUAGGGUAAAUAUAAGGUGCAAUGUGCAACUACAUUAUCUCCCUUAUUUCGCCAGGAUCAGCCGCGGCUCACACGUUUUACUGCAAUCACAUAAGUAAACUGUUGGUGCAGAAUUUUCUCCAGCAGUAACUGGAAAACUGAUGAAAGUGAUAAAACCCAAUAAACUCAAUUUCAAUUCACUCAUAUUGACCUAUGGAUAUAGAAUAUAUGACACCUACAUAUGUGGCUGUCCAUAUUGUCGAAUACUUUCAUACUUUCAAGGACAGGUCAGAAAUAUCCAAAUGGUAUGGAAUCCCAGAAGGGACAUUGUCGAGUUGUCAUUGCAAAACAAU